AUGCCCAACUGGCUCAGUAUCUCAUCUCCUCUUUUGAUCUCUACACAAUCGAGGAUAAAGCAGCCAAAGACGUCUGGUCACUGCGAGUUCUUGCAAUGCAAAUUUCAUUGCAGAACCCUUUCUUGUUCUUUGGCAUUGAUGAAUUUGAGAAAAAACCAGAACAACAAUCAAUUCUUUGACAGGGACAAGUCGGAUCCUCGCCUUCGUCUGGAAAAUCCGUUUGUUGGCUUUUGGUUGAUUUGUUCUGAAAUGUUUGAUUAUCCAUGGGCAACAACCUUUGACAAUGACUAUUAUAACGAGCUGCCUUUGUCAAUCAUCCGUGGCAUCAAACAAAAACGUUUGGCAUCUUUUCAGUCCUUUUUCCGACCAGAAAGUUUGACCCAUCACAUUCAACAUGCAAUUCAGAAGAUCAGUGAUCCAAUGAAUGACAAUUUGGACAAUGCGGUAGGCCAGUCUCAUUCGAACAAAACGACUUUAGUGGAUCAAAGGAAGCGCCAUUGUAAUCUGACCAACAAUAGAUAUGAUGCACUGGUGGAUGAUGACGAAUCGAUGGAAAAUACUGACAAUGCUGAGGCUGCGGACGACGAUGCCACUACUAUUGAUGGCAAUGCCUACCAACAACCAAAUCAGGACGAUGAUGACAAUGAAAUACUAGUGAUGGAGGUCCAAAACAAUCCAAGACGCCCACCACUUUCUUCAGAUGAUGAGGACGACGGAGAUGAUGAGGAUGAGGAUGAUGAUGAUGAUAAUGAGGAUUAUGAUGCGGGGAGCAACGCUGGGGUGGUUCAGUCAGAAUAUUUAGAAGCACUGGUGAGGUCAGAAGACGACAACAUGGCGGUUGACAGCUUGACACGCAAAACUCAGGUCUCUCAGGAUAGCUCUUCAUUGAUAAACACACCUCCACCUACACGUCGCAUACUUCCACUGCCCACUCUUGCUGAGAAACUUAACAAAUUCAUUCAAGUUAACUUGCAGAUGUCAUAUUUUUGA